CUCUCCCUCCUCCUCGCUGGCCUCGUCGCCGCCCAGGACUUCACCGGCCAGCCCGAAUGCGCUAUCCCCUGCCUCCAGGACGCCAUCCCCAAGGCCGGCUGCGCCCUCACAGACACUGCCUGCGCCUGCAAGCCCGACGUCCAGGCUAAGCUCCUCGGCCUCGUGGGACCGUGCCUCCUCAGCAAGUGCAGCCCCGGCGACCUCGCAAAGGCCCAAGCCGCCGCCGCCGACGCCUGC